CCAUUAGGUCCACAGUGAAAUAGUAAAGCUUCUCAGACAAGCUUAAAGAUUCGAGAAAUCAUUCCCGUCUUGCGUCAGUGCGGUGACAUCACCCUCGUAACUGACACCAUAUAGACAGUGGCACAAAGAGAGUGAGUGUAUAGAAACGAGUAAAACUGUUGAGGGCAAAAUGGCGAAUCCGCCAAAGCCAUGGAAAGCAGAGUAUGCAAAAUCAUCGCGUUCAUCGUGCAAAACUUGCAAAAGUUUUAUUAAUAAAGAAGUUUUUAGGCUUGGCAAAAUGGUUCAAUCCACUCAUUUUGAUGGUUUCAUGCCUAUGUGGCAUCAUGCUAGCUGCAUCUUGGGGAAAGCAAAACAGAUAAAAUCCCUUGAAGAUGUUGAAGGGGUUGACCAGUUGCGGUGGGAGGAUCAACAGAAGAUAAGGGAAUAUGUAGAAGUUGGUGGAUCCUCAAACAUCCCUACUCCUGCUGCAGUGGAAUAUGGUAUUGAAGUCUCUCCAGCCUCCCGUGCUACCUGUCGGCACUGCAACCAAAAGAUUGUUAUAGGGGAGGUUCGCAUAUCAUCAAAACCUAAAGGUCAACGAGCUAAGUCCCUUGCAUGGCAUCAUGCAAAGUGUUUCUCUGAAAUUUCUUCGACUACCCAGGUUGAAAAGUUAUCUAAUUGGGAUACCCUCUCGGCUGCUGAUCAGGCUGUUGUUCUAUCCCUGUUUAAGAGUUCUGCAUUGACGGGUAACACGAUUGAUCCCAAGGAGGAACUAGCACAGGAAUCCACAUCUAAGGCUGGUGCCAAAAGGAAAAAAACCAGUAACAACAGUGAGACAUCAAAGGUUGUUAAAGCUGAAGCAGAUGUUUCUGCUGGCAAAAAAGUGUUAGGCAGAAACUCUAACAAUGCGAAGGAUGAACUCUCCAAAGCGUCUGAGCUGGAGAGUCAACUGGAGGCACAGACUAAAGCCCUAUGGGCACUCAAGGAUGAUCUCAAAAAGCAUGUCACUACAGGAGAGUUGCGAGAGAUGCUUGAAGCUAAUGAUCAGGAAACUUCAGGAUCAGAGCUUGAUCUUCGAGAUCGCUGUGCCGAUGGGAUGCUUUUUGGAGUGCUCCCCAGAUGUUCCCUUUGUUCAGGACACCUUCGAUAUUCUGGAGGCAUGUAUAGAUGCCUUGGCUAUUUGUCAGAAUGGAGCAAGUGUUCAUACUCUGUCACCGACAUAAAGCGUGAUAAAGGGAAAUGGAAAAUUCCUGAAGAUACCAGCAAUGAGUAUCUUCUUAAGUGGCAUAAGGCGCAAAAGUCAAAAAAACCAGAAAGGAUACUGCUUCCGGUUACACCCAACAAGGCAUCUGUGAGCCAGGCAGCUACUGGGCUAUCUCAGUCUUCUAAGAGUGAAAACCUAGGGGAUCUAAAAGUUGCUUUGACAGGAUUGUCCAGAGAUUCCAGGGAGAACUGGAAGAGAAAAAUUGAGGAAGCUGGUGGACAGGUGCAUGGCAAGUUAAAGAAAGACACAGAUUGCUUAGUUGUGAUAGGGAUGUUGGAUGAACAAGAUUCCGAGAUAAAGAAGGCCAGGAGAAUGAAAGUGCCAGUAGUUAGAGAGCAUUAUUUGGUGGAUAGUAUCAACAGGAAGAAAAAACUCCCUUUUGGCCUGUACAAAUUAGAAGCUUAUGGUGAGACUCAAAGCAUGGUAACUGUCAAAGUUAAAGGGAGGAGUGCGGUUCAUGAGUCAUCUGGCUUGCAAGAUACAGGACACAUUCUUGAGGACAAGACCAGCAUUUAUAAUACGACUUUAAACAUGUCAGACCUCUCAAGUGGUAUUAAUAGUUACUACAUCCUUCAAAUUAUUGAAGAGGACAAAGGGUCAGAUUGUUAUGUUUUUCGCAAAUGGGGUCGCGUUGGAAGUGAGAAAAUUGGAGGAAACAAGUUAGAGGAGAUGUCUAAAUCAGAUGCAAUACAACAGUUUAAGCGUUUGUUUCUUGAGAAGACUGGAAACUCAUGGGAAGCAUGGGAACAAAAGAAAAAUUUUCAGAAGCAACCAGGCAGAUUUUUUCCUUUGGAUAUUGAUUAUGGGGUUGACGAUAAACCCACUACUAAGAGAAAUCUCAAUGACACAAACAGCAAACUUGCCCCUCCAUUGAUGGAGCUGAUGAAGAUUCUCUUUAAUGUCGAAGCAUACAGGGCUGCUAUGAUGGAAUUUGAGAUAAAUAUGUCGGAGAUGCCAUUAGGAAAGCUGAGUAAAAGGAAUAUCCAAAAAGGUUUUGAGGCAUUGACGGAGAUACAAAGUUUGUUAAGUGGUACUAAUCUUGAUCCAACUGCCAAGGAGACCCUUCUUGUUGAUGCAAGCAACCGCUUUUUCACAGUCAUACCAUCUAUUCAUCCUCAUGUUAUUAAAGAUGAAGAUGAUUUUAAGUUGAAGAUAAAAAUGCUGGAAGCUCUUCAGGACAUUGAAAUAGCUUCAAGACUUGUUGGCUUUGACAUUGCCAAUGAUGACACUCUGGAUGAGAAGUAUAAGAAGCUACACUGUGAUAUAACUCCACUUCCUCAUCAAAGUGAAGAUUAUCGGGUGAUUGAAAAGUAUCUCCAAAGUACUCAUGCUCCUACACAUAAGGACUGGGUUCUAGAAGUGGAAGAAGUGUUUACUCUCGAACGUGAAGGGGAAUUUGAAAAGUUUAAACCCUACAGAGAGAAACUGAAGAACAGAAUGCUUCUGUGGCAUGGUUCCCGUUUGACAAACUUUGUGGGUAUACUAAGCCAAGGACUAAGAAUUGCUCCUCCAGAAGCCCCAGCUACAGGAUACAUGUUUGGAAAGGGAAUAUACUUUGCUGAUAUGGUCAGUAAGAGUGCACAAUAUUGCUUCACUGAUCGCAAGAACCCUGUUGGGUUUAUGCUUCUCAGUGAGGUUGCUUUAGGUGAGGUUUAUGAACUAAAGGGAGCCAAGUAUAUGGACAAACCUCCUAAAGGGCAGCACUCUACUAAGGGUCUUGGCAAGACAGUACCUGAGAGAUCAGAGUUUGUGAACUGGAGGGAUGAAGUUGUGGUUCCAUGUGGAAAACCAGUACCAUCAAAUGUUAAGAACUCUGAGCUUUUGUACAAUGAAUACAUCGUCUAUGACGCUUCCCAACGCUAACUCAUCUGUGAAUUGGUCAAUUGGACGAACUAUAGGGUUAUGUAUUUACCUUUUGCUUCUUUCUUAUAAAUCAGUUGGUUUAUGUAUUUCGUGAACAUCAGAAUUUUGUGCCACUGACAUAAAGAAACGAAGUGUUCUAAUCAAUUAACCCCGUUGAAGCAGUUUCUUAGUUGAUACACAGUGAUAAUUCAAUUGUUUUGCAUUUUGACUUUCAGGAUCGCUGUGUGCAGAAAUCAUUUAUGAGCUUUAUCUUUUAACAACUAUACAUAUUUUGAUAUCAUGUUCGAACUUCUUGCAUGACGGGUAGGGAUAUGGAGCACAUAGAUGAUAGAUGAACAUACUGAUGAACCGACUGCUUUAAAUUUGUUUGUUCUGCAGGUAAAGCUGCAGUUUUUAGUGAAAGUGAGGUUUCAUUAUAAGCGGUGAAGAUAUGAUUCAGAUUUGUAAAUGUCUCUUUUGCAAAAGAUGGUUUCACUCUAUAUUAGCAAAAAACUGCACCUUCUUACUCAUCAUGUGAAGGCUUGACAUGGAGGUUAUCUUUUGUUGUGUAUAUGGUUUCACUCUAUAUUAGCAAAAAACUGCACCUUCUUACUCAUCAUGUGAAGGCUUGACAUGGAGGUUAUCUUUUGUUGUGUAUAGGGAGGGCUAGAUCUCAUUUUACGUUUUUAGGGGAGAUCGCUUCCUGCUCAUGUAAAUGCCUCAUUGUAAGUGAUGAAUCGUGUUUCUACAUUUUGACGACUAUGAUGCUUAGCUUCGUGGUAAUGGUUAACAUUAGCGGUAUUAACUUCA